AUGAUGAAACGGUCUCAAUCCAAGGGAGGAACAUCAAAUGGACCAAAUUUGGGAACCGGAAGAGGUAAGGAGUCCGAAAUGUAUCUCUGUGCCUCCACAUUGUGGGAACUUACUUGUAGUGUAUAUGAUGAACUAGACAGACCCAUACUUACCCAAACAUGGAUUAAUAGGUUUAUACAUGACUAUGAGGGAAACAUGAUGAAACGGUCUCAAUCCAAGGGAGGAACAUCAAAUGGACCAAAUUUGGGAACCGGAAGAGGUAAGGAGUCCGAAAUGUAUCUCUGUGCCUCCACAUUGUGGGAACAUACUUGUAGUGUAUAUGAUGAACUAGACGGACCCAUACUUACCCAAACAUGGAUUAAUAGGUUCUACAUGACUAUGAGGAGAAACAUGAUGAAACGGUCUCAAUCCAAGGGAGGAACAUCAAAUGGACCAAAUUUGGGAACCGGAAGAGGUAAGGAGUCCGAAAUGUAUCUCUGUGCCUCCACAUUGUGGGAACUUACUUGUAGUGUAUAUGAUGAACUAGACGGACCCAUACUUACCCAAACAUGGAUUAAUAGGUUCUACAUGACUAUGAGGAGAAACAUGAUGAAACGGUCUCAAUCCAAGGGAGGAACAUCAAAUGGACCAAAUUUGGGAACCGGAAGAGGUAAGGAGUCCGAAAUGUAUCUCUGUGCCUCCACAUUGUGGGAACUUACUUGUAGUGUAUAUGAUGAACUAGACGGACCCAUACUUACCCAAACAUGGAUUAAUAGGUUUAUACAUGACUAUGAGGAGAAACAUGAUGAAACGGUCUCAAUCCAAGGGAGGAACAUCAAAUGGACCAAAUUUGGGAACCGGAAGAGGUAA